CGUCAGAGAUUCAACAUGGCGCGGGAAACCCGGGAAGAAAAUGAAAUGGAUGUAGGCGGAAAGCUCGAUGCAGAGAUGGACAGUCUUUCUCCGUCAUAUUUAAAACUGUACGAGGCACAGUUUUUCGGUUUUACUCCCCAGACCUGCAUGUUACGGGUCUACAGCGCCUUUCAGGACUGCCUGUAUGACAUUUUACCCGUGGUGGAGAAGGUCUGUGUAAGGCAGCUGAGUAGAGGCGAGUCGGAAGGGGCCGACGAGCUGCUCCGGGCUCGGGCCAGGGAGUGCAGCCGGAAGCUACAACAGUUCCUCGAAGAGCGGUUCAAGCAGCUGGCGGAGCGGAUGGAGGCCCUGCUGGUCAACCGCUGCUUCUCCGUGCCGCCAAAUGUCCUGCUGCCCGACGACCAGUCACACAAAAACUGCCCCCAAGACUUACAGGAGGUGCUGAAGCUGGAGUCGUCCCUGGCAGACCUCCAGAGAGCAUAUGAAGCAGAAGUUUGUGCCAGACAGGCCCUGCUAGCCGAACUGGAGGAGCAGAAGGAGGUGCAGAAGCAGCUGGAUGGGAUCCUGACGUGGGUCAGAGAGCUGCAGGCGGCCUGGGUGAAAGAAGGUAACGGCAACUUCCAUGAAAGUUUCCGACUGGCGAUUGAGUCAGUAAAGAAACUGCAGGAGGCCGUCGGAGAGGUCUACAACAAAGGGCCUCACUGAACUGAUGUUGUGGAAAUUCUGCAAUAAAGUGAAUUCGCAAAUA